AUGCGCACACACAUCGUUACAUUGUUCAUGCGUUUUAGUGGCUAUAUAACAAUAGUAGCUUUUCAUUUAUUUUUUUUAUUGUGUUUGAGUGAUUUUUGUUCUGUGGUAAACUGGAAAAUGGAUACGAAAGUGAUUGUUCUAUAUUUUUUUGUGGUGUUCGUUGCCGUUGGAGCCAUAGAAAUGAACUUAACGAACGAGUGGAAGCAGGACAUCGGCUGGGAGAUCUACUGCUCGUGGAAGAUUCCAAAUGGCGACUCCUUACAGUCAGUCCGGUUGUACCAGAACAACCAGCAGUUCCUGAUAUUUAGACCUGAGACGGACGGAGACAACCGCGUUUUAGUAUACAGACGUCUUGAGGAUGUUUUAACAACAAACUGUGCAAUUUCCAAAGAAGAAAGGCAGAUGGGAACUUGUGUAUUGACUUCUGAACUGUACCAGCCUCAGAAACAUGGCUUCGCAAUAACCUGUGAGGUGUCGGGAGAAAGGCCCUACUUUAGGAUGGAAAAUAAAACUAUUUUCGUUGAUAAAUAUGUUCCACCUACAGACACCGCGCUAAGGGUUGUGUCAGAGAAUAAGGAUACGGGUCGGGUGACCCUGAACUGCACCUCUAGUGGUGUACCGGGCCCUAAUUUGACGUGGACUAUCCUUGGUCAACAAAAGAUCCCUCAUGACUUCACCGGUGUCGCUUGGAACGCAACAUCUAAGCUAUGGGAUGUAUGGUCCGUACUCUCUUACACGUCAAAUGCAGAAACAACUGCAGUUUGCACGCCAGAGGUCAGCACUGCAGGCAGGCUAGUGAAGGGACAAUCUGUUGAAUAUAGUUCUGCAGGGAGUUUUAGAGGACUAGUAAAACUAAUCAUGAGCGCAGCACUAUACCUGGCGCUUCUAAGAUGA